AGGGGGUCUGGAGGAAGGAGAUGCAAACCAGAAUGCCAACGUCUCAGGUGCCACAUGUGUGCUUGAGGGCUCGGUGUCUCUGUGCCUUUACAUACUGAAGGCACCGUGGAGGACGCAUUUCCUCUGGAGUCACCCUUAACCAUCUGCCACGCUUAGGAGGAUGAAAGAGCUAAGGACUGAGGAAGAUGGUUCAACACAGGCUACGUCUGCUUCCAGGGCCUUUUGACUUGUCCGGCCGCCACCUUCUCAUUGCUCUCGGCCCGAGCUGUGUCUCGGGGUGGAAGCCGGGCGGCUGUGCGCUGGGGAUGCUCUUACAUAACCGCCCUCCGCGUCCUGCUUCCUCGCGCGCUCCUGCACCGCCGGCUGGGAGAGCCGGGGGCCGCGAUGGAGUCAGGGCCGCUGCUGCGGGGCCGGGGCCGCCCCCGCGUGGAGCGGACCGCGAGGAGCCGCGGGAGGAGGGCGCGAAAUGCGGCGGGGAAGGUGAAGGCUGGACUGCCGUUCCUCCUGCUAUGAUGCCUGGGCAGAUCCCAGACCCUUCCAUGACUGCGGGCUCUCUGCCAGGGCUCGGCCCCCUGACCGGACUCCCCAGCUCGGCUCUGACUGCAGAGGAGCUGAAAUACGCCGACAUCCGCAACAUUGGGGCCAUGAUUGCCCCUUUGCACUUCCUGGAGGUGAAACUGGGCAAGAGGCCCCAACCCGUGAAGAGUGAGCUAGACGAGGAAGAAGAGCGAAGGAAAAGGCGUCGGGAGAAGAACAAAGUCGCGGCCGCCCGAUGCCGGAACAAGAAGAAGGAACGGACGGAAUUUCUGCAGCGGGAAUCCGAGCGGCUGGAACUCAUGAACGCAGAGCUAAAGACCCAGAUUGAGGAGCUAAAGCAGGAGCGACAGCAGCUCAUUCUGAUGCUGAACCGGCAUCGCCCCACCUGUAUUGUUCGGACGGACAGCGUCAAGACGCCCGAGUCAGAAGGCAACCCGCUGCUUGAGCAGCUAGAGAAGAAGUGACCGUGGGCUGGGAGGAGGAGGAAGAGGAGGAAGAGGAGGAGGAGGAGGAGGAGAUGGCAAGAGGGAGGAGGAGGAGGGCACCAGAGGGCCCUUCCUUGGUGCAUGAAAAACUUUACAACAAGGCUCAGCACAGCCAGUAAUUAGUGGGGCUUUUUUGUGAAACUCAGAUCAGCCACAUAAGGGGAAGAGCAGGCUGACGAAACCCAGAAGGACCAAGCGCUGAGACCAAAGUAGACUUGAGGGUGGGGCUGUCCUGCUGGGGCCCAGCUCAAACGAGGCAGGACAGAGGCACCCAGGCCGGAGAGACGCCUAGCCAGGCAGCCUUGAGCACUUCUCCGGCCUCUCUGCCACGCCACCUACCCCAGGGACCUCCGAGCAGCCAGGAAAAGCCAUGAGUUACAACCAAACACGGCUGAGGAUGGAACUGAGUAACACUGCCAUCUGCCUGCCCCAGCCUGACCCCUGACCCUGAUGCGAGGCCGGAGAGGGCCGAGAUGCGGGGCCCAGUGCGGCCUUGCUGGGAAGUAGCAGCCGGGUGCACCCUCGCCGGCCCUGCUGGAGUUUGCUGUGGGCACGAGGCGCGGGCGCCCUUCCAAAGCACAUACUCACUGAAUGUUUACAGACUGGCUGUCCUGGCAGGGCUUUCAACUGCACAUGUUUUUUAUACUUUCUUUUUUUUUUUUUUAAUAUUUUUUACAAAAAAAAAAAGAUUUUAUACAAGCAA